AUGAGAUGUAUUAGGAGAACAAUGUCAACAACUACAACUACUACUACUCCAAUAAAUACCAGAAUAUUAAGAGUUAAUCCUGAAUCUAUAGUGUUUAAAAAGGAUCAAAUACUACCGCAUAUCUUAGAUAAAGAAACUGAAGAUAAUUUAAAUAUAGCUUCGGAACAACUAAAAUCUUUAAAUGUAAUUGGUUUUCCAACUGAAACUGUAUAUGGGUUAGGAGGAUCAGCUUUAUCAGAUAAAAGUGUUCAACCAAUAUAUAGAGCGAAAAACAGACCUGCUGAUAAUCCAUUAAUUGUACAUAUAUCAUCAAUUCAACAAUUAAAAUCAAAAUUAUUACCAUCAAAUACAGAAAUACCAAAUAUAUAUAAACCAUUAAUUGAUAAAUUUUGGCCAGGUCCAUUAACUAUAUUACUACGAAAUGAUCCUCAAAAUUCACCAAUAUCAUCUUUUGUUACAGGAAAUCAAGAUACUUUUGCAGUAAGAAUGCCUCAACAUCCCGUAGCAAGAGCUUUAAUUGCAAUUAGUGAUUUACCAUUAGCUGCACCAUCAGCAAAUUCAUCAACUAAACCAAGUCCAACAAUGGCAAAACAUGUAUAUUUUGAUUUAAAUGGGAAAAUUCCUUUAAUAUUAGAUGGUGGUUCAAGUAAUGUUGGAGUUGAAUCUACGGUAGUUGAUGGAUUAAGUUCACCACCUAUGUUAUUAAGACCUGGAGGAAUAUCAUUAGAAGAAAUAAAGGAAGUUGGUGGAAAGCAAUGGGAAAAUAUUCAAAUUGCUAAAAAUUUAAAAGAUGAUAGUAAUGAAAAAGCUAAAACACCUGGAAUGAAAUAUAAACAUUAUUCCCCCAAUGCUAAAGUUAUAUUAUUUAUAAAUUGUGGAGACGGUUUGAAAAUAAUGAAAGAAUAUAUAGAGAAACAUAAUUUAGAAAAGUCCAAAAUAGCGAUUUUAAAAACUAGAAAUUUUCAAAAUUUAGAAGGAAUUGAAAUCAUUAAAAGUUUGGGAGUUGUUGGUGAAGAAAUAUCAAGAAACUUAUUUAAAUUACUUCGAGAAGUUGAUGAAGAAGCAAAUAUUGAUUAUAUAUUUGUUGAAGGAAUUGAUGAAACAAAUGAAGGAUUAGCAAUAAUGAAUAGAUUAAAUAAAGCAGCUGUAGAAGUUAUAAAAUUGUAA